AUGGACUCCACGGUGUGGGCAGGAUGUGAUCAGAUCUGGUUCGUGAUUUUGGUGUCUCUGGUGCUUGUGGCGAUAGGUGCCAUUGUUUUCGUCUUCUUUUUCCACUGGGUGGACUUGGUUAUUGAUCAUGAGCUGCCGCUCAGCGAGUCCUCGAUGACCUUCCAGUGGUGGCGGAAGCCGCCGGUGAAUCCAGUCAUGAGGGUCUACGUGUACAACGUCACCAACGCCGACGAAUUCCUCAACAACGGCAGCAAGCCCAUCGUGGAGGAGCUGGGCCCCUACGUCUACGUGUGA